ACAUAAUUCACAUUGACUAAGGGGCAUGAUUCUCGACAUCAAAUAUAAAACCUGUACAUCAGUCAAGGAUGUUCUCAGCUUAUGUUUACCUGUCACGUAGCGAUACCUUAAAAAAGUCACUUCUCAUUUGUAUAACAAACUGAAAUGGAUUUACAUGUUCCUGUUGUGUUUAUAUAGGUUUGUAUUUGAAUAAGUAAAGUAAAAUGGCUGUAAUCCAAUUGAAAAAAGGACGUACUUUAGUUUUUGUUGCCUUUGUUUUAUCUGCAUUUGGCUGUUAUUUUGGUGUUAACAUCUACAUUGCAUGGAAGCGUAAUACCUGUUCUAAUGAAGUUGGUAAAGAAUUCCUUCGCGAACUGUGCGAUUUAUACCAAAAGAAAAUAAUUGGUGGCAACCUCUGUUCUUCUAUAUGUGUGACGAAAACGAUAAAAUUUGACCACUGCACAAACUACCGUGAAGGUAAAGUGGUCAUUAUAGCAAACACAGAAAAACAAAAGCACCCACUUAUUCUGAAGUCUUCCCAGCACAAAUAUGAAAAUUUCAACACAAUAUCAUUCAAAAUAGAUGGCCGCAUAGAGUAUCCAAACAUGGAUUUCUUUCGUAGAUUAAUUUAUGAAUCAGUUUACCUGAACCUUGGAAUAAACCUAACAAAAGGAAUAGAUGUAAUUGAGCAAGUGUGGUCAAUGAAUCCACUGACAUUUAUGCAAACUGUGAAAGGAUUCCCUGAGGCUUCACAUAUCUUAAUGGACAGUGUGUGGUCUCUGAUACAACAAGAAGAGUACUUAAUGUUGCGAAUGAGUCAGCAUUUACCUUACAUUCCUCGCCUCCAUGGUACAUGUGGUUAUAUGUAUGCUGUGGAGAGCGCUCCUCCCCCCCAGAUUUUUUACUCUUCUGUAGUUAAAGGUGGAUGGUCUGCUCGAGUGAAGCUUGCUCUUGCCAUUCUGGAUGUUGUUCGUGCUCUUGACUCUGAUUAUCAUGAACCUCUUCAUUUGUGCGAUGUAAAACCAGAGAACUUUGGAAUCAGUGAUGUUAACAACCAAGUAAAAUUAAUUGAUACUGACUGUAUAUUCAGGGACUCUACCAUCAAACAGAUAUUCCAUAACAAAUCCUGUAGAACAGAUGAAGACUGUACAUUUUUUGACUGUAAAGGAUGGUGUAGAAGAAAGGUAGAUAAAUGUGCAAAUGAACGCAUCAACACAAAUCUACAGGUUGUUUGUGAACACAUUUUCAUGGGCAAGUAUUUCUUUAUUGGACUUCUUAAGAAACCACCUAUGAGACUGAAAGAACAACUUAGCAACAUUCUUAGAAGAUGUGCCUUUCCUGUAACUUAUAAUAAUAACUCACUUGUGAAGUACUACAAAAGAAAAGUCUAUUGGGAACUCUAUCGUUUACUUCAGCGGAGUAUUGGAAUUGGUGUGCCAAUGCCAACAGAUCCUUAGUAAAUGAAGUCUUUAGCUAAACACUAAUUUCUGAAUAGCUUUAUGAAUUUACAUUUUAUUAUUAUUAUUAUUAUUAUUAUUAUUAUUAAGGUGGUAAGCUGGCAGUAUUGUUAGCAUGGCAAGCAAAAUGCUUAGUGGCAUUUUGUCUGUCCUUACAUUCUGAGUUCAAAUUCUGCCGAGGUUGACUUUGCCUUUCAACCUUUUGGGGGUCAAUAAAAUGAGCACCAGUUAAUCACUGGGGUUGAUGUAAUCAACUAGCCUCUUCCUCAAAAUUUCAGGCCUUGUGCCUAUAAUAGAAAGGAUUAUUAUUAUUAUUAUUAUUAUUAUUAUUAUUAUUAUUAUUAAUAUAGAAAGGAUUGAGGUAACUCCUCCUGAAGAUAUAGAGUCAAAAUUAAAAGAAGAGUGCCAUUUGUUAUCUGGUGAACGAUAUUUCGACAUCUCGUGUGUCUUCAACUGGUUCAAAAAAUAAAUUUGUCAAUCUACUUCAUUUUGGUUAAUAUAGAAAGGAUUGAGGUAAAAUAAUAAGGCAACAAGCUGGCAGAAUUGUUAGCACUGAGGGAAAAAUGCUUAGUGGCAUUUCAUCCAUCCUUAUAUUCUAAGUUCAAAUUCUGCUGAGGUCGACUUUGCCUUUCAUCCUUUUGGGGUUGAUAAAAUAAGUACCAGUUGACUACUGGGUUGAUGUAAUCGACUUACCCACUCCACAAACCUGCUGACCUUGUGCCAAAAUUUGAAACCGUUAUUAUUAUUAUUAUUAUUAUUAUUAAUAUUAUUAUUAUUAUUAUUAUUAUUAUUAUUAUUAUUAUUAUUAUUAUUAAGGCAGCAAACUGGCAGAACCAUUAGCAUGUUGGGCAAAAGGCUUCACAGCAUUUAGUCGAUCUCUAUGCUCUGAGUUCAAAUUUCACUAAGGUCGACUUCAUCUUUUUGGGGUCGAUAAAUUAAGUAUCAGUGAAACACUGGGGUCAAUGUAAUUGACUAGUCCUGUCCCUCAAAAUUUCAGGCCUUGUGCCUUUAUUAGAAAAGAUUAUUAUUAUUAUUAUUAUUAUUAUUAUUAUUAUUAUUAUUAUUAUUAUUAUUAUUAUAUUUUCUUUACAGUGUAACACAUAUUUUAUUCUAACUUUGGAAGUCUGCACAUGAGUAAUUAUUUAUAUGAUUGACUAACCGACUACCUUUCUUAUCACUAACCACUCUUUAAAUUAGUAGUGAUGUGCUGUAAGGUAAUGUCAAACAGAGUUAUGUACCUUAGUAAUCUAUUAAGUAUAUGUAAACAUACUUAGUCUUUGAAAAUAGUUUUGGGUUAAAGUCGUAAUGCUCAAGCUAAUAUGUACACAAUACCAGGAAGGGAAUAUCUUUCUAGACUCUUCUCAGGUCUAUCAUACACAAAUCUUAAUCUUUCUGACUAGACAUAUGCGUGGUGUAAUGCAUAAUGUGCCUUAGUAAUGUCUGGAUACGAGCCUAUAGUUAGUCUGUAGCCCAGCAGUUUAACUUUACAGUCAUUGUGUCUACUGGAUUUAUAAUUUGUAAUAUCCACGUAUUUUAAAUGUUUGUACAUAAAUCUGUCCAUAUUAGCACAUUUCCAUUAGUUCUUCCAAUCUACAUUAUACAUUUACAUGAAUUAAUGAAUCACUUCUCUAAUAUCAUCCACAAAACCUUGGGAGUUGUGGGAAUUGCCUAGGACUUGGCAGGCUGAGGUUAGUAUUGUUAUGUGGCUUCCACUAAAGGCCCAGUAUAUUUGGCUGCAAAUAAAGUUAAUAUUGUUAUGAAAGGGAGAAUAAAGUUCUCACUAGUGUGAUAAUAAGCUGCACAAUAUUAUAGUUUGGUAGGUAAUCAUGGGCAGCAAAUGGAAGAAUUAAUCUGAUAUAUAUAAUUUAAAAUGAUACUAUUUGAAAUACUAUGCUCUAGUUCUACAAAAGGAAAUGAAUAAUGGAUCCAUAAUUAAUUCUGAGAAAUGAUGUUCAUUGAUCACGUGACUGAUUAAAAAUAUGCUACACAUUCUCUUUAUUAACUUCUGGUAUGCUUUUAUUGUGAAGUGGACUAUAUAAACUGGUGAAUGAAUGCCUGAUGGUCAGUUGAAGUACUACAGUCAGUGUGAAAUCAGUUGCCGAAGAACUACAGUUGGUAUGAAUCUGGGUGACGAAGAGCUAUAUUACAUGAGACAUCCAGCUGUGUACUCUGGGCACACUGGCUUGCUGGACUGGUCUGUGGUUUCCCAGCUGCUGACUUGGCUGUUGGAGUCAUGUUAGUGUCGGGAGGCUGUGUGUGCAACAAUAUCGAUAAGUUUUUGUUAUAUAGUCCCCUGUGCCCAGUGAUUAUUGAAUAUUUCAGCUUUAUUACAAAGGUUCUUAAGGUAGUUGCCACUAUUGCUUACAAUCCUUCUUCUCUCUCUUUAUAUAUAUAUAUAUGUAUAUAGUUGUGUGUGAAGGCGUGUAGCCUGGUGGUUAGGAUCAUGGUCAUGAGACUGUGAGUUCAGUACCCAAACUGGCAGUGUGUUGUGUUCUUGAGCAAAACACUUCAUUUCAUAUUGCUCCAGUCCACUCAGCUGUAAAUGGGUAACCAUGUGACUGACUAGCAUUCCAUUCAGGGGGAAUGAUUGGCCUGUGGCCUAGCCAGUAAGGUGGAAUCAUUCAAAAAGCUAUAACAAUGCAAGAAAGCACAUUGUGACUAGCGGUGUUUAACAACAUCCAGUAGUCAGGUUGAUAGUUACACACACACACACACACACAUAUAUAUAUCUGUUAAUAUAAUAUGUGACAAUUAUUUGGUAGCCAUGAUAAAACUCUGAGUUUCGGAUGUCAGGGCGGAAACCCACGCCAGCAUCUCCAGUUAUCGGGCCAUCAAAAAAAAUGCUAUGGAAAUCAUAUUUACAUAAUAUCGAGGUCUCUUUUAUUCUUUUAUUGUCUUACCAUUUCUAUCAAUAUAUAUAUAUAUAUAUAUAUAUAUAUAUAUAUACAUAUAUAUAUAUAUAUAGAGAGAGAGAGAGAGAGAUAUGUAUAUUUGUGUGUGUACUCAUACACAAAUAUACACAUGUUCUUUGAGUUAUUUCUUUAUAUUUGAAAGGAUGGAAGAACAUUAUCUGAGUUUGAUCAAACAUGAUUGUAUUUAUAUCCAUAAUUAUUAUCAUUAAGGUGGCAAGCGGACAGAAUCAUUAGCACACUGGGCAGAAUGCUUAGUGACAGUUCAUCUAUCUUCAUAUUCUGAGUUCAAAUUCCACUGAGGUCAAUUUUACCUUUCAUCCUUCUGGAGUUAAUAAAACAAUUAUCAGUUGAGCACUGUGGUCGAUGUAAUUGACUUAUCCCUCCUCUAAAAUUGCUGGCCUUGUUCCAAAAUUUUGAACCAUUAUUAUUAUUACUAAAGCAGUGACUUGAUAGAAUCUUUAGCACAUUGGACAAAACACUGAGCAACUUUUCAUCCAUCUUUACAUCCUGUGUCCAAAUUCUGUUAAGGUCAACUUUGCCUUUAACCCUUUCGUUAUCGUACUUAUUUUGACAUGCUGUGUUUCUUUCAGUUAUUUUAAAUAUAACAAAGAAUUUAGUAAAAUAACUUAGUUAUCAUUAAGCUAGUGUUAGGAACAUAAAUUGUGACUAAGGUUUGGUGGAAGAUUUUAAUUCAAAACUUAUGAAAACAAGACAUUUGUACUAUAGAGCCAGAGCUGGUUUCAGCCAGGUUGGUAUUGAAAGGGUUAAUCCUUUUAGGGUUGAAUUGACUUACCCCUUCCUUCAAAAUUUUAGGCCUCAUGUCUGUAAUAGACAGGAUUGUUAUUACUAUUAAGGUAGCAAGCUGGCAGAAUUGUUAGCACACCUGACAAAAUGCUUAGUGGUAUUUCAUCUGUCAAAAUGGACUGAUAGAAUAAGUACCAGACUUUACAAAAAUUAGUACAGGGGUUGAUAACUUUGACUAAAAUACUUCUAGGCAGUGCCCCAGCAUGGCCACAGUUUAAUGAUUGAAACAAGUAAUAGAUAUUAGUCUUUAUAGCUGGAAAGUGAAGGUUACAGAUAACUUAAAAAUCAUACUUGGCCUGGAGUGGGUCUAAAGAAAUUCUUGAUCACAAUAAUCCAGUUCCUAAUCACAUGCUUCCAUUACCUUGUAUUGUAAUACAAACUAUUCUUUAUGGCAAAACUAAGUAUAUUUACAUAUACAUCGAAAGCUCUGUUGUAUAAAGUUUAAUUGAUUGAACUUUUGAGUAUAACCAAUGGUUAUCAUUUCAGGAGAAAUGUAGGAUUCAAUGAUCUGAAACACAUUUUAUCAUAUCAUAUAUGGUUUCUUUUGAAAUUUCUAAUACAUUUGAAUUUCUAAUAAAUUAUGCAUUUAUAUUUGUACGUUUGCGCAUAUAUGUGUGUGUGUAAAAGAUUUCUUUUUAAAAUUAUCUAUAAAACACUUUAAAACCCCCGGAUUGAUUUAAUUCUAAUGGUAAAUAUGAAGAAGAGUUUUAUGUAAGUAUUUUUGAUUGAUUGGUUCCUCAGAUAUUUGUCCGAAGAGCUAACCUCAUUUGAAAGUGCUUACACAAAAGUGUUCUACGUAUCAUGUUUUUGAGAUUGAUUUUAGAUAGUUUUAAAUUUUCAUGUAAUUUUCAAAUAUUGUACAUGUAUCAAGAUCUCAUAUAUUAUGUAUAUUAUAUACAUAUGUGUGUAUGUAUAUGUGUGUGCGUGUAUAUAUAUAUAUAUAUAUAUAUAUAUAUA